AUGGGUAAAAGGUUCUCAGAGUCGGCCGCUAAGAAGGCAGCUGGUAACCAAAGAAAGAGAGAACAAGCAGCAGCAAAGGGCCGCGCCGAGAGAGAAAAGGCCGAGUCUGAAGAGGCUGCCAAGUGGGAAGAGGGCUCCAAGAAACCUAGCACCAAGAAACAGUUGGAGGAACAAAAGAAGCAGGAGAAGCUGCGGGCGAAACAGGAGCGUGAGGAGCUCCUGGCGGCCGAGGAGGCUGCGCUCGGCAGAGGAGGGAAGGGCAAAUGA